AUGAACGCGCCACACGAGAGCAGCGGUCCGCUGCUGCCGCUGCUGCUGCUGCUGGUCUCGGCAGGGCUGCAGAGUGCAGCACAGAGCAGGGGAGCCCCACCAUGCCGACCAGGCUUCUCUGAAGGUCUAUACACUGUCAUGAUGCCAGACAUCACAGAGAAGGGACAGCCUCUUUUCAACGUGAGGUUUGUCAGCUGCGGUCGCGGUGGUCUGGUGCAGUUCGAGUGCAGUAAUCCAUCUGACUUUCGGAUAGAGGCUGACGGAGUCGUUUACGCUGCCAAGGCUCUUCAGCACUCCACGCUCCCUGCGUCACCUUUGCUGAUCAAAGCAACUGACCCCACCACUCAGCAGCAAUGGGUCACCCAAGUCAGACUGGCUCCCCCCACACAGGUCCGGGAAGUUGCUGUCCCCCCAGUCAUAUCCCAGGAUUUAAAGGAAAUAGUGUUUCCAUCACGAAACACAGAUAGCGAACUGAAACGCAUGAAGAGAGACUGGGUCAUACCCCCAAUCAAUGUCCCGGAGAAUUCACGAGGCCCAUUCCCCCAAGAGCUUGUUCGGAUCCGGUCAGAUAACGACAAAAACCACCCUCUCAGAUACAGUGUGACCGGCCCCGGCGCUGACCAGCCCCCCAAUGGAAUCUUCACCAUUGACCCAAUUUCUGGAGAGCUAUCGGUCAACAAGCCUCUGGAUAGAGAGCACAUCCCCAACUUCAAUCUGCGAGCUCAUGCGGUGGACAUGAACGGCAACCAGAUUGAGAACCCCAUUGAUAUCCUCAUCAACGUGAUUGACAUGAACGACAACAGACCGGAAUUUGGCCACCAAGUCUGGAACGGCACCGUUCCGGAGGGUUCCAAGCCAGGAACCUUUGUUAUGACGGUAACCGCUGUUGACAAAGAUGACCCAAAAACAGCAAACGGCAUGCUUCGUUACAAGAUCCUGUCUCAGAGUCCGGAAAGCCCAAAUCCCAACAUGUUCACCAUCAACAACAAAACCGGGGGAAUCAUUACAGUGGCAGCGGGCCUGGACAGAGAGAAAGUGUCUCAGUACACGCUGAUCAUCCAGGCCACAGACACGGAGGGCAACCCCAUGUACGGCCUCUCCAACACGGCCACAGCUGUCAUCAGAGUCACGGAUGUUAAUGACAAUGCGCCGGAAUUUACUGCUGAGGCGUUUUUCGGCAGAGUGCAUGAGAACCAAGUGAAUGUUAUUGUGGCCAACCUAUCAGUGACUGACAAGGACCAGCCAAACACACCGGCCUGGAAUGCUGUCUACAAAAUCAUCUCGGGUGACCCCUUCGGCAAGUUCUCCGUGCCCACUGAUCCCACCACUAAUGAGGGCUUGGUAACGGUCGUCAAGCCGCUUGACUUUGAGCUCAAUAAAACACAUUUGCUGAAGAUUGAAGCCAGGAAUGAGGUUCCCCUGGCCAGAGGCAUCAGUUCCCCCAGACAGUCGACGGCCACCAUCUCCAUCCAAGUGUUGGACGUCAACGAGAGUCCUUACUUUGAGCCCAACCCCAAAGUCGUCCGACUGGAGGAGGGGGUGAUGCCGGAGACAGAUUUGGUACCUUUCCCUGCAAAGGAUCCGGAUCACUUCAUGCACCAGUCAAUCAGCUAUUCCAAACUGUCAGAUCCAGCCAACUGGCUCAGGAUCGACCCCCACUCUGGUCGGAUCAGUACCACUGCUGUUCUGGACCGGGAGUCUCCCUAUGUGAAGAACAGUUAUUACAAUGCUACAUUUGUCGCCCUAGACAAUGGUAAACCAGCUGCGAGUGGAACAGGCACUCUCCAGAUCUACCUGCUGGACAUCAACGACAACGCCCCCAAAGUGUUCCCUCACGAAGUGGAGGUGUGCGAAAAGCCAGAGCCGAACGCCAUCAACAUCACCGCUCUCGACGGGGAUCUGAUCCCCAACGCCGGGCCCUUCGCCUUCGAGUUGGCUCACCGGCCCUCGGAUGUGAGGAGGAACUGGACCAUAACCAGAAUCAGCGGUGACUAUGCUCAGCUGAGCCUGAGGAUUGGCUUCCUCGAGAGCGGCAUCUACGAGAUUCCCGUCAUAAUCACAGACUCGGGCAACCUGCCAAUGUCCAACACGUCCUACCUGAGGAUUAAGGUGUGCCAGUGUGACAUCAACGGGGACUGCACGGACCAGCAGCACAUCAGGGCGGCCGGCCUGGGCACGGGCGCCAUCAUAUCCAUCCUGCUCUGCAUCAUCCUGCUCCUCAUCCUGGUGUUGAUGUUUGUGGUGUGGAUGAAGCGCCGUGACAAAGAGCGACAGGCCAAGCAGCUCCUUAUCGAUCCCGAGGAUGAUGUGAGAGACAACAUCCUCAAGUAUGAUGAAGAAGGUGGAGGAGAGGAGGAUCAGGAUUACGAUCUGAGUCAGCUUCAGCAGCCAGACACGUUAGAGCCCGAUGCCAUCAAGCCGGUGGGAAUCCGCCGUCUAGACGAGAGACCCCUCCACCCCGAGCCUCAGUACCCCAUGAGGUCAGCAGCACCCCAUCCCGGAGACAUCGGAGACUUCAUCAACGAGGGACUGAAGGCAGCAGACAACGACCCCACCGCUCCCCCCUACGACUCCCUGCUAGUGUUCGAUUACGAGGGCAGCGGCUCCACAGCCGGCUCCCUAAGUUCGCUCAACUCCUCCAGCAGCGGGGGCGACCAGGACUACGAUUAUCUCAACGACUGGGGCCCUCGCUUCAGAAAACUGGCAGACAUGUACGGUGGGAGCGAUGACUAAGACAAAGGAGCCACACCUGGAAGGACGAAAAGAUGGAAGCGUUUCCUGCUGACGGACACGGACAGCUUCUGAUAUUCCCCACGAGAACGGCAGAACUGUGACUCUAAAGAUACAAAAAUCUAAAAAAUUGAUCCAGAAUUUUUUUCUAAAACAACCAACCUAGGCUUAUUGUUGUAGUCUACGCAUCAUAUGCUUGUUGAAAGCUUCGGCAUAGGCUGUGGUCCAGAUGAGGAGGAGGAGGAGGAGGAGGAGGAAGAGGAGGUGAGGGAACACUGGUGGACUGUCACCCUCAGAUUGUCUGUAUUGAAUGCGCUCAGUUACACUUGAAUUUCACAGUACAGAAGCACUGGGAUAUAAUGUGCCUUUUUGUACAUUUUUUCUUUUUCUUUGUUUUCCUGAUCAAAUCGAUUAGUUGUAUGUUCAAGGCUUUAAUGGUACUGACUUUUGGAGUGAUUUCAAAGAAAUUAUGUAACACACUUUCUUUUUUUUUAUCUCUUUGUUUUUAUUUCUUUUCGGUGACACAACGCUCCUGUUUGUUGAAGAUUAUUUAAAUAAAUCACCUAAGCAAA